GGGGCCUUCAGCUCUGGGAGGAGAGUUCCUGUCGGAGGAGUCAGGCAGGCUGGCCUGCCCAGCACUGCUGCCUGGAGUCAGUCUGUCUGUUGGUCAGUCACUGACACAAGUAGGCUGUGGCUGCGGCCUGGCUGGGGCGGAUCCAGUGGGGAUGGCACAAGCUGGCCCAGGGGUCGCCUGGAGCUGGCACAGCGCUGGGGCCCAAGCGAAGUUUACUUUCGGUGGGGCACGGAGCCCGGAGGAAGCGGCAGCUGCUGCGAGGUCAGUGCCAGACCCUGCCCCAGCCCCUGAGGACCACGCUGACCUUCCCAGCCUCAGCCACCCCGUCGCCACCCUGGGGUCCCAGCCCACCCAUCCUGACUCCUGCUUCCGGGCUCCCACCCCUGAACUGUGCCCUUGGGUCCCCACUUACGGCCCUGCUGACCCCAGCUCUGGGCUUGCCAGUCCACCUUCGGCCUCCCUCGGCUCUGAGGGCCUGGACCCACUGCGCCAAGUGCCAGCAGAUGAAGGGUUGGACAGUGGGGCUCUGGGGAGCUCCCAGGGUGCCAGGACUCCGGACAGUGAGCCCCUGCUGGGGGCCACAGCCCCAGCCUGCCCCUGGGCCGGGUCCUUGGGGGAGGACAAGGAGAAGGAGCAAGGGGAAGAGGAGUGCCCCAUCUGCACGGAGCCCUAUGGGCCCAGUGAGCGCCGCCUGGCCCUGUUGAACUGUGGCCACGGCCUGUGCGUGGGCUGCCUGCACCGGCUGCUGGGCACGGCCCCCAGCGCCGACCUGGGCCGCGUGCGCUGCCCGCUGUGUCGCCAGAAGACGCCCAUGCUUGAGUGGGAGAUCUGCCGGCUGCAGGAGGAGCUGCUGCAGGCCGACGGGCCCCAGCGCCCCCCCCCCCCCCAUCCCCCCAGUGCCCCCCGCCAGGGCCCUGGGCCCUGGGCCUCCCUAGAGCACCGCUACCAGCUGCGCUUCCUGGCAGGGCGUGUGGGCGGCCGGGGCUGCCUGCCCUUCCUGCCCUGCCCGCCUUGCCUAGGCGCCCGGCUAUGGGCCCUGCGGGGACGAGGGCCCUGUGCCCGCCGCCUGGCACUGCUGGGCCUGCUGGCCCUCGAGCUGCUGGGGCUGCUGCUCAUCUUCAUGCCGCUCAUGCUGCUGGGGCUGCUUUUCAUGCUGCUGGACCGCUCCGGCCGCUGAGCAGCACCCAUGCCUGGAUAGCCCUGCCACCAACAGACCAGGAGGCCCAGACUGGUUGCCGUGUCCCGAAGCCUCAGUGCCACAGGGCCUUGGGAGCACCUUGCCCUGAGGCCUGAUGACCAGGCCGGAAAGCCUAAGGUUGACCAGGGCACUAACCUUCAAUCAAGACCCAAGACUGGGACCCAGGGCCACCCAGAAGCCUGUGUUCAGCGCCUGACCCAGCCAGAGACUCCAAACCUCCCUGCUGUCCAGAGACUGGCCACCAGUGCCCAAGGACAACGCUGGAGGAGAUCUGUGACCAGGCACCUCAAUGGACAGACAUCAUACUGACACUGGGCCGUCUCCACCCCAAGCCAGGCCCGUCUGCAAGGGGGCACAGCCCACACGACAGUAAACAGUGCAGGUUCCUUGAAGAGGGUGGGGCCCUGGGCAGAGGCACCUGCAGGCCCCCUACCCCCGCCCCCUUGCCACCCGUGUUCCAGAUAAGGGCCAGUGUGUGUUCUCUGAAGGUCACGGCAGCCAAGGGGAGGGACCCUUGCUGUGCAAGCUCAGCCCACAAAGGGCCUCCUCCCGGCCGGGUCAGGACCCAAGGGGGUGGGCCCAAGCGGCUGGGGGUCCAGCACAAGCCCCUGAGGUCAAGGGACAAGGGCCCAGCCAUGCCUCGGAGCCAGAGCAUGCAGGCUGAGGCCCGACUGCCCUGCACCCUCACAUUGCCGAUCCUAGGGCCUUUGUCUGAAGGACGGACACAGUCCGCGCUGCCUCCUGGGCUGGUUGGGGCCACGCUGAGCACUGUGCCUGGCACUAGAAAGAACUCUCA